AUGGCGGCACUCCGGGCGCUGCAGCAGUGGUGCCGGCAGCAGUGCGAGGGCUACCGCGACGUUAGCAUCACCAACAUGACCACGUCGUUCCGCGACGGCCUGGCCUUCUGCGCCAUCCUGCACCGCCACCGGCCCGACCUCCUAGACUUCGAUGCUCUCAGGAAAGAAAACAUUUAUGAAAACAACAAGCUGGCCUUCCGCGUGGCUGAGGAGAAGCUGGGCAUCCCGGCCUUGCUGGAGGCCGAGGACAUGGUGGCCCUGAAGGUGCCUGACCGGCUGAGCAUCCUGACCUACGUGUCCCAGUAUUACAACUACUUCCAUGGCCGGUCCCCCAUCGGGGGCAUGGCCGGCGUGAAGAGACUCUCGUCGAACUUCGAGGAGGAGCCGUCUGGGAAGAAGGCCCCGGCCCAGCCGCCCUCACCCGCCCCAGCCAGGACAGACCCCGUUGUCCAGAGGAGGGGUGGGGCCACGGAGGAACCAGUCCCAACAGCCGCCCUAGCGUCAGUGGGCAGCUCGGUCAGCAGCACCUGCGGGGUCUGCGGCAAGCACGUGCACCUGGUGCAGCGGCACCUGGCUGACGGGAAGCUCUACCACCGGAGCUGCUUUAGGUGUAAGCAGUGCUCCAACACGCUGCACUCAGGAGCCUACAGGGCCACGGGGGAGCCGGGGGUCUUCGUCUGCACCAGCCACCACCCCACAGCUGCCUCUGCAAGCCCCAAGUUGCCGGGUCUGGCCCCCAGACAGCCUGGGGCCGGCCCCAUGGACUCCAGGCCUGCCGGACCCCUGAGGAAGGCCCAUGAGGCAAACGGGCCCCAGGCCAGGCUGCCCGCCCGAGAGCCUGCCACAGGCAACUCAACUGCCAGAGGUUUUGUUCCGGCUGCACGUGACACUCCGGCCACCACCUCCGCCAAUGUCCACGUGGGGAGCCCAGCCAGGCCCCUCUUCGAGAGCCGAGGGACUUCCACCCCUGUAGGGGACACAUCCCGCACACGUGUGACCAACAGCUCCCAGGCAGGGUCAUCAUUGCCUGCCCAGGGCACAGCGGUGCCCCGCUCCCAUCCUGCUGUGCCCACAGGUGCCCUGGACCCUGGCCUGCCCACGCCACCAGGCCUGGGGGCCCCCCACGUGGCUCCCCAGACCAAGCACAGUUCCAGUUCAACGUCUCCAGGCCCAACAGACCCCCUGGCCUGGACCCCAUCUGCCUCCAAGACCCAGCAGGCCCGGGAGAAGUUCUUCCAGACACCGGGGGCGUCUGCCGGCAGUGGCACUGCUGGCAGGGCCCCAGGCCCAGCGGGAGCUCCUGCAGGGGACAGCAGCAAGGAGCAGGCGCUGAGCUUCCUUAGGAAGACCCUCCCAGCAAUUGGGGCAACCGGCACUCAGGCACCUGGCAGGCCCUCCCCAGCCGCCUCCCCGGCUCCCACUGCUCAUGCCACAACCCAAGGGCCACAGGCACAUUCCUCAGCUGGGCCGUCACAGUCCACGUCUCUCCGGGCCCUCAACCCCCCGACAAGGAUGGAGCGACCGGCACCCCCGAGCGUGGGCAGUGCCUCGCAGGCAUCCGCGUCGCCCCAGGUGGGCAGGAGGAGCUCAGCUGUGUCCUCGUGGGUCAGCAGGGUGGGCGCUGACUCCAGGCUGAAGCCACAGGCCCCGACGGCAGAGGGCCCGAGUGCCAGCCCCCAGAAAGGCCAAGAGGACGGGCCGGCAGGAUGGAGGGCCCGCCUGAAGCCCGUGGAUAAGAAAAGCCCUGCUGAGAGGACUCUGGAGCUCAAGGAGCCACCGGCCCUGGCAGAGCCGAGGGUCGGGGAGGCUCUCAGGAAGGUCUCCGGCAACUUCUCAGGGGGCGUCCACAUCACCCCGACCCCUGUGGGGCCUGACAGGACACCGCGCCCAACCAGCCCCAGGCCCAACCUCUCAGCUGCAUCCCCCUCCCCAUCCCGCCGCAGGAAACUGGCUGUCCCUGCCAGCCUGGACGUUUCUGAUGACUGGCUUCGGUCUGAGCCCUUGGGGCGGGGGGACCUGGCCCAGAGCUGGAAGAAGGAGAAGCCCCAUCCUCAGGGCAAACCAGGGAGGCCCUUGGGCUCGGCCAGUGUCCCUGCUCUGCCUGGCAAGACAGUGACCUCCCCGGUUAGGCUGCACCCCGACUACGUGCUCCAGGAGGAGAUUCAGAGGCAGGUGCAGAGCAUCGAGCAGCAGCUGGACGCCCUGGAGCUCCGGGGCGUGGAGCUGGAGAAGCGUCUGCGGGCGGCCGAGGGAGAUGACUCGGAGGACGGCCUCAUGGUGGAGUGGUUCCAGCUCAUCCACGAGAAGCAGCUGCUGCUGCGGCAGGAGUCGGAGCUGAUGUACAAGUCCAAGGACCAGCACCUGGAGGAGCAGCAGCUGGGCCUGGAGGGGCAGCUGCGCCGGCUGAUGGCCAAACCCGAGGUUCUGAAGUCGCCGCAGGAGCGGCAGCGGGAGCAGGAGCUGCUGGCACAGUACGUGAGCACCGUGGACGACCGCAGCCAGAUCGUCGAUCUGCUGGACGAGGACCGGCUCAGGGAGCAGGAGGAGGACCAGGUGCUGCAGAACAUGAUCCAGUCGCUGGCCCGCCAGAGGAAAAAGUCCAAGUUCCGCUUGUCCAGGAUCUGGUCCCUGAAGAGCAAAGGCGACACCCCUGAGUGAGCCGCCCAGUGGGGGCCGCAGGCUGGCCCAGCCCUGCCACUCACACUCAGGACGGGAUCGGUGCUACGGCCUGGAAGGGCACUCAGGACAGCCUGUGCCUGUGCCACCCUCUCGG